GUUGUGUGUUCCUGUGAGUGCGGUCGGCUGGAGAAGGGGAGGGGAUGUGAACGCCGCCGCUGCUGAUGCUGAUGCGAGAGCGAUCUGCCUGCUGUUGUGAUCGGCCAUCACCAGUGGAUCAUCCACAGACGAUCUUUGACACACUAUUGUCGUUUUCUCCGUGGGUUUCGGCGUGUCUUGCGACCGCAUCUGCAUCGACGUUUCUUUUUUUCCGGGGGACAGAUGCCGGAUAAAGACCUCGUUUCCCCCCUGGCCUGCCGUGUGUCCACAUACAGGUGGAUGAAUCCUGGGAGGUUUGAUCCGCUGGCGCCGCCGCACAACAACACGGAGAAAAACCCCGUCGGUUCAGAGAGCCAGUGAACAUCGUCGUUGCGUGUGGGAAUACGAGGUUGUUUUUCGAUAAAGCAAUGAUGAGGAAGAUAGGGGAGGUGGGGGCGACUGUCUGCCGUGCUAAUCCGCUAACAGGCUAAUUUGGCUAGCUAGCUAGCGUCACUGACACCGAAAAUACGGGAUGCUCGAAAAGUGCGUCGCUGCCAAAGUCACUACGUUAAAACGGAAUUAUAGGCCUGUUAAAUGCGAACAGAUUCGCGGUGAUACUAGGUUUCGAAUCAUGACACUGGCAGCAAGGACACUUCCCGUCAGCAUCGACUUUGGAUUUAAAAUGAUGAUAACAGUUCGGAACGUUACAUAUCGAUUCUUUUUUGAUUAAGUGGUGUUUUUUUUUACGUCGCUGACUCUGUACGGAUUCUCCUCCGGUCGAUCGAAGGGUGAGACGUUAUUCGGCUGAAGCGCCAGCCUCAUUCAUCAGCCCGUCGUGUUGACAUCAGCCCGAAGCGUUUGGUAACGUCCACCGACGAGCCUGUCUGCUGUUUAGAUGCCGUUUAAAUCUCCCUGUUUGUGCUGGCAGUGUAUUAAUGCAUGUCAUAUGUUGAUUGAAAUAAUCGGUGAAUAAAGUGGAACGAGCAUCGCGUUGUUAUUUAGGUCAACCGAACCCUCUACCUGUUUAAUUGUUAUACUAGUCGGUUUGCCGAUCACCUCGCUUCCCGCUGUUAACGAACGCCACUUAAGUCGAUCGAUCUGGAAGGUCACCACCGAUCUUUAUCGGAGCUACGCAAUAAGUGUGGGUUUAGUACACAGAAUUCCAAAAUUACAUUUGCGAUAUGCUGUGUUAACCGAAAGAGCAAUGUCGCCUUUCAAAUUAAAGAUCCUAUCUUUGUGGUAAGACGUGACGGGUCAAGUUGAACCAGACGAGAGUCCACCUGUAUGGAGGAUGUGCUCUCAGCCCCUCGAGGGCUCAGCGAGUGGCGAUCCAAACGCCCAUCUCUAGACUUUCUCACUUUAGAUUCGGACAAAGGCACAAUGUUUCCCCCAAACAACAGUGACCAGACUGGUUUGGUUUCGGUAAACAGAGACCAGGACAAUGAUUUAGGGAGCAGGAAAGAGUUUCUCCAGGAAGGUGAGGCUAACCUCGAUAACCUGUUGAGGAGUGCUGGGUAUUUCUGUGCAGAGGAUGUUAUCCAGCUACAAGGAGUCACACACUCCUCCCCACCGCACCUCCCCAUCACAGAGAAACCAGAGGAAGCAGAAGAUAACGGCGACCGCAGCCUGUCAUGGCUCUUUGGGCCUGGCUCCCCUGACCUCCUGUGGGGAAGCUCACUGGAAGGUCUCCCACAGGAAGGGUCUGUCCAGGACCAGACCGGCCAGGGGGACGAGAUUAAUUUAAUCUCCCUCAGCGUGCCUUCCUCGCCAGGGAAGGAAGUGCCCAGGACUUCUGAGCACAGGUUAUACACGACUACUCUGUUGGAGGAUCUCCUCUCCGGGGACCUGCCGUUCUCCUCUGCCGCGCUCCUCCGCCCUCGUUGUUUGGGAGAGCAGCACCCACAGGGUGUCACCCAGGAGCCAGCCGGGGAAGUGGAGGGUGGGGCCUCUCAGUCAACUGAGAGCGGAGCCCCGCCCGCGUCUGGGAACAAGACCCCUCAGAGUUCACCUGAUAUCCACCACCUGCACACUGACUGCGCGAGCACACCGCAAGACAUUGCAGACGGAUCCCUGCCUUUAUUGGACUCUGAGUUUCCCGGCUGUCCAGGAAACGGCAGCCUUUCUCCCAUUGGUCCGUCCCCACUCACCUGCCCAGGUGAGCCGCUGGAUUCCCCAGAGGAGAAGUCUGAGGGCGGGCUGCCGGUGCCUGCUCUCGUCGACGCACACCCAUCCCACGGCGCAGGUGAGUGUGAGUCACCUGCUCCCUGCUCGCCGGCCCCCGGCACCCCCACCGUCGCCGCCUCCGCCCCGCAGCCCUCGGAGACGCGGCCCUCCGAUGAAGGCGUUCCGGCGGUGGACGAGCUACCUGGCGACCCAGGCUCCCCGGAGAAGGCCUGUGGGGUGGGCGUGAUGGACCAGCAGGUGGCCGCUGGACAGGGAGAUGUGGCGGCCGUCGUGGUGGAUCUGUGCUCGAAAACCGAGGAGCCGCCAUGCCAGGCCAUCGGUCCCGCCCCCCCUCUGAAUUUAACGGCUGGCGCUGACGGCGUCACUAGACCCACCACCCCGAACCAGACGGGCCCAGAGUCUGAUUCCGCAGGAUCGUCCUCCCCAGAACCUCCAGAGUGGACUAGCGGUAAAUCCCAAGAGGACCGGAGGUCUCUCGCCAAGAUCGUGGCGCCUGACUCCUUGCCCAUGGUUUCCACGGUUACCCAGAAAGAGGAGAGUGUGUCUCCACUGAAGGCGGUGUUUGAUGCGCUGGACCAAGAUGGGGACGGGUUCGUUCGGAUCGAGGAGUUUAUGGAGUUUGCUGCUGCCUAUGGCGCUGAUCAGGUGAAGGACCUGACCCGGUUCCUGGACCCGUCCGGUCUCGGGGUGAUCAGCUUCGAGGACUUCCACCGUGGGAUCAGCACCAUCGGCAGCGGGGGUCCUGAGCCCCAUCUGUACGACGCACACUACAGCCCAGGUGAUGGAGCGGUCGGUUGUCCGGAGGAGUAUGACGAGCAAAACGAGGUGACGGACAGCGCCUACCUGGGCUCGGAGAGCACCUACAGCGAGUGCGAGACGUUCACGGAUGAGGACACGGGCGCGCUGCUGCAGCCGGAGAUGCACGAGGAGGUGGAGACGGACAGCGGCAUCGAGGCCACGCUGCACGACGCAGAGGACUCCGGGAACAGGUUCUCCCUGAACUCUGAGCUGCAGGACCUCUCCCUGGUGACGGUGAUGGGUGGAGGCGAGGAGGAGCACUUUGAGGACUUUGGGGAGAACCAUGGGGCAGAGCUCCUUGAGGGCGGGGUGGAGGAUCAGGAGGAGGGGCCUGCUGAGGAUGGUGGCCCCGGGGCCCUUCACACCCCCGAGCAGAUCACCUGCUCCUCCCUCAUCAUGUCCCCCAGUGCUCCUUCUCCUCUCUCUGACUGCUUGCGGAGCUACCUGAGAGAGGAGGCGCAGGACUUCUUCUGUAGCCAGUGUCACAAACAAAUCAACCGUCUGGAAGAUCUCUCCACACGCCUUAACUUCCUGGAGAUGACUAGCUCUGGCAAGCGACUCUCCAGCAAGAAGGUGGCAAGGCACCUGCUCCAGAACAGCUCGAUGACGCUGGACACCGUGAGCGACCUGACGCGAGACAUCCUGGAGCUCGCCGAUAACGACAUCACUGACAAGGUGCUGCUGUUGGAGCGCCGCGUGGCGGAGCUGGAGAAGGAGUCUGACGCGUCGGCGGAGGUGCACGCCCGGCUGCGGCAGGAGAACCUGCAGCUGGUGCACCGCGCCAACGCCCUGGAGGAGCAGCUGAAGGAGCAGGAGGUGUACGCCGAGGAGUGCCUGGAGCAGGAGGAGCGCCGCCACAAGGAGGCGCUCGCCAAGAUGGAGCGGGACCUGGGGCUGGAGCUGGAGAACCUGCAGACCAGGAUGCAGCAGCUGGAUGAGGAGAACAGUGAGCUGAGGUCAUGUGUUCCCUGCCUGAGAGCCAACAUAGAGAGACUGGAGGAGGAGAAGCAGAGGAGUCAGGACGAGCUGGAGGAGGUGGCGGAGCGGCUGAUCGAGGAGCAGGAGACGCGCAGGAAGAUGUCGGACAAGCUGAGCCACGAGCGCCACCUCAGCCAGAAGGAGAAGGAGAGCACGCAGGAGCUGAUCGAGGACCUGCGUAAGCAGCUGGAACACCUGCAGCUGUACAAGCUGGAGGCGGAGGGCCGGAGGGGGCGGCUCCCCAGCGCCGGGCUGCAGGAGUACCACACACGCACCCGGGAGGCGGAGCUGGAGCACGAGGUCAAGCGCCUUAAACAGGACAACCGCAGCCUGAAGGAGCAGAACGACGAGCUGAAUGGACAGAUCAUCAACCUCAGCAUCCAGGGAGCCAAGAACCUCAUGACCGCGCCCUUCUCUGACUCACUCGCUGCAGAGAUCAACUCCGUCUCCCGUGGAGAGCUGAUGGAGGCGGUCCACAAGCAGGAGGAGAUCAACUACCGUCUACAGGACUACAUCGACAAGAUCAUCGUAGCCAUCAUGGAGUGCAACCCCUCCAUCCUGGAGGUCAAGUACUGACCCUGUCGGCCCCGGGCUCGGCCCGCAGCCUGCGUAACAAUGGUCGCAUUGCAAAUUGUAUUUCAGACACUGUCUGCUGGUGUUGGUGAUGAAGAAUAAGCUAUUUUGUUUCAAAAUCCCUGGAAUAUGAGUGUGUGAGAGUUUGUGUGUGUGUGUGUAUGUGUGUGUGUGUGUGUGUGUGUGUCGGUUCCGUGAGCUCGCCGUUCUGAAGGCAAGCCAGCUGUCCCGUGUUCCUGUAUUGACGUCAUGUCCCGGUUCUAAAGGGACGCAUCGUUCUGCUGUCCGACCCCAUGAAGACCUUCAUGGCGAAUCCCCACGAUUGGCCCAGAGGUAGAAUAUCUGACCCCAGCGUGCUGCUGGUCCCCUGGGGUGGUGGGGCUGGGGAGGGUCCCCUAAACAGGGCUGAGAGAUGAGUCCUCUGAUGCGCUGGCCAGGAGACCCACCCCAAGCAGGUCUCUGUUGGUCUGCAGCGCCUCUCCAUGAAGGAUAGGGGGCGUUUCCAUGGGUGGAACCCACAAGGACACCCGAGUGUGUGUGUGUGUGUGUGUGUGUGUGUGUGUGUGUGUGUGUGUGUGUGUGUGUGUGUGUGUGUGUGUGUGUGUGUGUGUGUGUGUGUGUGUGUGUGUGUGUGUGUGUGUGUGUGCAGUGUUUUCUUAUUAUUUUCCUCUUUUUGUUGUUUGCUCAAAGGCUUUGACAGGGUCUGGUGAAGUAAUAAGUUAUAGUGAAGGACCCAGGUGGCUUAUGAUCCUGCUCCUUUCUGUGCAUUUGUUUUGCUAUGACACGAGUCCUGGGCCUCCGGUGGGCUGGACACCAAGACUUCAUUUCCCAUCAUGCCCUGCAUUCCCAGGCGCUAGCAGUAACCCAACCAUGAACUAACUGUAAAAUAACUUAAAUUAUAUUUCCAAGUGGUGUAAGAAUGUAUAAAGAGGGGGUGAUUUAAUAGCGAGCGCCUAUGUCAAAUUUAAUGACGGGAACAGAGGUUGAGUCUGGGAAGUGUAGUUUUUAUUUUCUAGAACAGCCCACCUGAUCUCCAGUGUUCUCCUGAGUGAAAGUGUCAGAGAGUUCAUUGAGCCACCGUGGGGAGAACAAUACUGAUAAUUUAUGUUCAUAAGGUUAUUGAUGUUUAUGAAGUUUCACAAUCAAAUGUACUUUGCACUCUGAAUUUAUUACAAGUGUGUUUUGGUUUGUCUAAAAGGGACACUUCUUUGCAAGGGGUCAAAUGUUAAAUUUGAAACAGGGAAAUGGACUAAAAGAGGCUCAGAACGCAGCGAGACUGGACGGCACCACAGCUGUGCUGACACAGAAACACACAAAUACUGGCUUCUGUCUGAAACACUCUGCCAGAGUAUUUCCCUCUCCUUCAUCACUGUGCUGUUGUCUCCGGGGCCGAUGAACUGGUGGGGAUGUGCUGGUAUUAUUAUGGGAUGUUAGGGGGAGGCCAGCCCACUAAAGGACAUGAUGAGAAGGACUACCUAAAGCCACACUUGGCUUGCAAUAACUCCACCAGAGCCCUGGAUCAGACCAGAGCGGGCCCAGCUACACCAGGGAUGAGGAGGAACAGGAACCCUCAUGACUCCGGCUUGUUUCCAUCACCCUUCUGGAGGGAGAAAAGGAUCCUCAUUAGGACUCUGGACUUAAAAAAUAACUUAUCUUUGACAGAAGCUGAACGCUAUCCGCAGCCUCGUCUCUGGACUGUACACGGAGGUCUCCACACCAUUGGAGCGGGGGAGAUCGUUUCCAUACUGCCUGAAGCUCUUCACCGUCACUGCAUUCAACGUUGUUUUGUUUUCACCAAAUCUCGCCUGUCGAGCCCACCUGUAAAUCUCUACCGUUGCUCGCCUGUACAGCUCACCUGUGGCUCUGGGGGGGAGAAUGCCUUGGCUUCAAAGGACUUGUACAUGUAUAGUUUUCUACCCGUCUGUAGAUCCUAGGUAUUUUUAUAGUCGAGGUGAUGUAACGGCAGAGUGGUCUUUCUCGUCUCUCGGUGGACAAUGGUUGCCUGAAUUGUAGCAUGUUGUGUGCGCACAAGCUAACAGUUCCAUUAUCUGUAGUUAACUCACCAAAACACGUAUUUAACUCACCAAACUAAUCUGUAAAUAUUCUGUGGUCUUUUUUUCAUUUUUGUUUUUGAAGGGUAAUACUGAAAGAAAAAUCUUCUAUGUUUAAAAAAAACCCUGUUAUUGAUUUAAGAAGUAUUUUCUAGCAAAGUUGUAGUCUAUUGGAUACAUUACAAUAUAUGAUGUAUGAUACUGUUCUGUAUGUUGAUGUUAUCUCGUAUGAGUUUGACUUGGGUUGGAUAUCGCGACACUUGCUAUUAUUAUUUUCUUGUAGAUAUGAGCCUUGUCUUCCCUCUGAGGUCACUUCCUGUACGGAGGCCAAUCAUCUUCAGAUGACAAAGAUUCCAACAUCCAAACUGAGCUUUCCGAUUGGUCCGACUCAUUUCUUUCUUUUUUUUGAGAUCAGGAGAAUGUGAUGGUAAAAAAAACCACCUAUCCCAUUCCCACCUUGGUGUCUGCAACACUACGACAUUCCCUUCAGGACGACUAAGGCAGUUAACGAGUUCUCUAAAACAGUUAACUAGUUCUGUAACAGUUAACCAGGUAUCUCACAGUUAAUGAGUUAUGUAAUAAAUGCACUUUAACGAGCACUAACGCCCCCUGCAGAAAGAACCACCAAAGACGGUUUGACUUCUCAUCCAAUCAGUUUAGCUUUUUUUGAUCGGCGAUCAACGGACAGCGUUUAUGUUUAUAUUUUUAUUUAAUGGAACCUGAAGAACUGGCCCACUAGUCUCAACACUGAACCCGUGUCUCGAUCCUACCGUCAUCAAGAAUUAAAAAAACAAACCACGUACUUUGUCUCACAACAGCUCCACGGUGUAAAUACCUUUUUCUGAACUUUCUGCUCUCGCGCUCGCAACCGCCGUUCUCGUACACUUGGCUCAAGGGCACUGACAUCAAGGCACACAGCAGUGCAUGGCUCGGCAGUCGGGACACGGGAGAGAUCGGGGGGAAGGAAUAUUGUAGAAAAUGAAAUUGUAAAGCUGAAGAUUAUUCUUAUUUUGAGAGAUACAUGUAUAAAUUAUAACAGUAUUGGUUACUACUGUAUGAUAUUUUUGAAAUACCCGUGGAAGAUGUUAUCCUUAUUAGGCAAUUAUGGGGGAAUUAUAAUUUUAAGUCGUUGUAAAAAAAAAUACAAGUUGAAGAAAAAGUGAAGUAAGAUUAGCAAAUAAAUGAAAUUAAAUAAA